GUUAUUAUUGUUUUACUCCCGUAAAAAAAAAAAAAUCUAUCUCCCUCUCACAAUCUCUCCUAACAAAUACUACAAUUUGGUAACAGAUCUCAUCGGAGCAACAGUCAUCAAAGAGCCAAUGGCUUCUUCAGGUUUCAGCGGCGAUGAAACUGCGCCUUUCUUCGGAUUCCUCGGCGCCGCCGCUGCGCUCGUUUUCUCCUGUAUGGGAGCAGCGUACGGGACGGCGAAGAGUGGAGUUGGAGUUGCGUCGAUGGGAGUGAUGAGACCUGAACUUGUUAUGAAAUCGAUUGUUCCUGUUGUCAUGGCUGGUGUGUUAGGUAUUUAUGGUUUGAUCAUCGCUGUUAUCAUCAGUACUGGGAUUAACCCCAAGGCCAAGUCUUAUUACCUAUUCGAUGGCUAUGCUCAUCUCUCUUCUGGGCUAGCUUGUGGUCUUGCUGGUCUCUCUGCUGGUAUGGCUAUUGGAAUCGUCGGUGAUGCUGGUGUUAGGGUUGUUGAUUGUAAUCCUGAUUCAAAGAUAAAAAUAUACAGUUUCACUACUUCAUUCUUAUCAAACUUAUCCCAGAAAGAGCUCUUUAUUGAUUUGCUCUCAGCGAAUGCGCAACAACCGAAGCUGUUUGUGGGAAUGAUUCUGAUUCUCAUCUUUGCGGAAGCGCUUGCACUGUAUGGUCUCAUUGUUGGUAUCAUCCUCUCAUCUCGAGCUGGUCAGUCUAGAGCUGAGUGAAAGAAGUGGAGACUUAUUGUUAUUAUCAUCAUGUCUCAUAUGAGAAGUUUCAUGUGAUGUGUAGCUUCUCCUUUCAGUUCUUUUUCGUGAGUUUGAGUUCUGUUAUUAUUAGACACACUUGUGUAACUUGGGUGAAAUUAUAUGACUCGGUACCAAAAGCAUUCUCAUUUGCAUUACAAAUCCCUCAAUUAAGUACUAAUCAAUACAACUCUAAAGUCUCUAAUAACCAGCCUUCUAUAUACAAUCUUCUUCUUACUAGUAUGGGAUUUUAAAACUCUGCUACUUGAGGUAUUCCCAUGAACUAAUGAACUCGAUUUAUUUUC